GCUCAGCGUGGAGAAGCCCAAAGGCCGGCUGCAGUUUCUCCUCGCAGGGGCUGAGAAGAAUUGCCGGGUCCCCGUUCCUCUCAGAAUGGCUUUAGGUGAUUAUGAGGAAAUUCUCAAGUGCUACGAAUUACAUGAAACGAUUGGAACAGGUGGGUUUGCAAAGGUGAAACUCGCACGCCAUCUCCUCACUGGUGAGAAGGUUGCCAUAAAAAUCAUGGACAAACUUGCUCUGGGGGAUGACUUGCCUCGUGUUAAAAUAGAAAUUGAUGCCAUGAAGAAUUUAAGGCACCAGCAUAUUUGCCAAUUGUAUCACGUGAUAGAGACAUCUGAGAAAAUGUUCAUGGUCCUAGAGUACUGUCCUGGAGGAGAGCUGUUUGAUUACAUCAUUUCUAAGGAUCGCCUUUCAGAAGAGGAAGCUCGUGUGUUUUUUCGGCAGAUUGUUUCGGCGAUUGCUUAUGUUCACAGCCAGGGAUAUGCCCACAGGGACCUCAAACCAGAAAAUCUGCUGAUUGACAAGGAGCAUAAUUUGAAGCUGAUAGACUUUGGACUUUGUGCCAAGCCAAAGGGUGGCCUUGACAACCGUCUGAACACGUCCUGCGGAAGCCCAGCUUAUGCAGCACCGGAGCUGAUCCAGGGCAAAGCCUAUAUUGGCUCAGAGGCGGAUAUUUGGAGCAUGGGAGUCCUGCUGUAUGCUCUGCUGUGUGGCUUUCUCCCCUUUGAUGAUAACAGCCUCAUGGCAGUCUACAGGAAGAUCACGCCUUUGUAGUUGAGCAACUCGGCGCGCACUCUAGGCGGAGCGAUCCCCUGUGCGCCCAGCGCUGCAAUAAAGAAUGCCUGCUUUGACACUCCAAAACCGAGUCUUAGAGAGUCCUUAAUCACCGGCUCAUGGUAUCAGGGGUGCAUCAGCGACAGUAUCGCAUCAGCCGAGAGUCCCCGAUUCCCAUCCGGAACCUGGUUCGUCGGCUGGAGACCCAAGGCGUGAUCAGCAAGCCUUCCACCUGGAGAGGCAUCCAGUACACCUGGAACUGACUGCCCCAGGGGUGCAAACACAGCCCUGCUGUUAGCAAAGCACAGCCCUGAAAUGUUAUUAGUAGCUAGGGUUGGAAGGCCUUACGGGAGUUCUCACAAAUAAUGAAGAUUCUAUCCCCGACUUUAUCAGGCAUGAGCUAAUUAAAAGAACUCCUCAUCAAGGGAGGCAAGUAGUGCAUCAUUCUCCAGGAAGCACGUGGAGCGUAAGGACCUUGAGGAUGGUACUAAUCUCCGUGUUUUGAGACGUUUAGCCGACUUGUCAGGAAAGUGAAAAUUCUUAGUGUCCCAAGCUGAACUACCUUCAUUAGAAUACUAAAAAUCACGCCCAUAGGUCAAGACAACCCUUGCCCAGGUGAAGACCCUUCCCUUGAGCAUGUGUGGUAGCUGUAACUUGACGGUGUAACUGUAUGUGAGUUACUAACCAAUCAAAUAGGGGUGGGAGGUACUAACGUUCUAGCGAUGUUGUAAAACGUGUAUAAAAAUCACACGGAGAGUUCUGAUGGCUGUGCAUGACAGGAGGAGGUAUCCCCCAUGCACCCGGUGCUGUAAAUAAACUAAUGUCGGCUUUCUAAACCCCAGAGCUGGUUUAGAGAGCGAUAAUUUCAUUAUGGAUGUAGAUAACCCUCUAUUUGCCAUGGCCCGAUCCAGACGGCACUGGGGAAGGGGGGAGCUGCAGAACACCGGCAGUACGUCGAUGACAUCAUUGUGUGGGGUAAUACAGCAGAAGAGGUUUUUAAGAAAGGUAAGAAGGUAGUCAAGAUUAUUUUGAAAGCAAGUUUUGCUACACAAAGAGCCUGAAGUAGCCAGUUCUCAGGAAUCGGGUGGCAGGAUGGGUGUCGCCAGAUCCCAAGGGAUGCCAUUAACAAAAUAACAUCUAUGUCCCCACCUACGAACAAAAAGGAAGCACAAGCCUUUUUAGGUGUGGUGCGUUUCUGGAGAAUGCACAUGCCAGGUUGUAGUCAGAUUGUGAAACCUCUCUGUGAAGCGACUCGAAAGAAAAAGGAGUUUACGUGGGCUCCUGAGCAACGACAGGCCUUGGAGGCAAAUUCAACAAGAGACUGUGCGUGCAGUAGCCCUUGGAGCACUCCAAACAGGAUGGGAUGUUAAAAAUGUGCUCUGUACAACAGCCAGGAACAAUGGCCCUGCCUGCAGCCUCUGGCAGAAAGCAGCAGGGGAGACUCGAGGUCGACCCCUAGGAUUCUGGAGUCGGGGAUGCAGAGGAUCCGAGGCCAACCGUACCCCAACUGAGGAAGAAAUCUUGGCGGCAUAUGAAGGAGUUGGAGCUGCUUGAGGGGUAACUGGUACCGCUCCUCCUGGUGCCCCGAUGAUCAGUGCUGGGCUGGAUGUUCAAGGCUAAAGUUCCUUCUGCUCAUCAGGCCGCUGAUGCUACCUGGAGGAAGUGGGUUGCCUUAAUCGCCCAGCGAGCUUGAAUAGGAAACCCAAAUCGCCCAGGAAUCGUAGAAGUGAUCACAAACUGUCCCGAAGGCAGAGACUUUGGAAUGCCACCAGAGGAGGUGGUGACCCGUGCUGAGGAAGCCCCACCGUACAAUGCGCUCUCAGCUAAUGAGAAGGCAAGUACGCCUUGUUCACUGAUGGGUCUUGUGUAUUGUCGGAAGGCAUUGAAGGUGGAAAGCUGCUGUGCAGAGUCCUACGCGACAAGUCGCAGGAGCUGCUGAAGGACAAGGUGAAUGGAGUCAAUUUGCAGAGGUAAAAGCCGUCCAGCUGGCCUUAGACAUUGCUGAACGAGAAAAGUGGCCGACACUCUAUCUCUAUGCCGACCCAUAGAUGGUGGCCCGUGCUCUGUGGG